AUGUCCAAACCUCAGAUGAACGGCUUCGCGAACGGGUUCUCGGCUCCCGGCUCCGUGCACGGAACUGCGGCGGCCGGCCCCAGGCUCCGCUGCGGGAUCUGCCAGCAGAAGUUCUCGGACCCGCGCGUGCUGCCCUGCCUCCACUCCUUCUGCUCCGCCUGCCUCCGCACCAUCGAGCCCUACGCCGUCGGCGGCGCCGCGGACGACCGCGACUCCGGCUCCAUGUCGGUCCUGAACGGCUCCAGCUUCUCCCUCUCCGUGAAGGGCCGCGACACCACGACAAUCCUCUGCCCCUCCUGUGACAUCGAGGUGGACAUCCCGAAGAACGGCGUGGAGGAACUACCUUCGGAUUUCAUCAUCAACAACGAGCUGGUGAUCGCGUCUCUGAACCAGGAGGCGGAGCAGAUUCUGUGCGGGCUGUGCACGGACGGGGUGGAGGGCGGCCAGAGUCGCGCCAUCGCGCGCUGCUUCGAGUGCUCGGUGAACCUGUGCGGCUUCUGCGUGCAGGCCCACAGGCGACAGAAGAAGACGUCGGUGCACAACGUGCUGACGCUGGACGAGGCGAGACAGAAGGGCGUGGGGAGGGUCAGCCAGCCCGUCGUCUGCGCCGUGCACCCCACAGAGGAACUCCGACUCUUCUGCCAGACCUGUGAUAAGCUUGUGUGCCGGGACUGCUGCCUGGCGGAGCACAGAGAACAUGAGUGCGCCUUCGUGUCGACCAUCAGCGACAAGCACACGUCGGUGAUGCGCGACCUGCUGAACCAGACGGAGCCGAACCUGGACAUCCUCCGCAAGGCGCUGGACGGCAUCGCAGCCAUGAGCCUGGCCGUGAGAGACCGGGCAGAGAAGGUCGCCAGCGAGGUUCACCAGUACACGGACUCGUACGUGAAGGCGUUGUUGAUGCACCGCGACGCUCUGUUGGACCGGAUCGACCAGCUUCGCGAGGCGAAGGAGCGGAACCUGCGGAUGCACCGGGUCCAACUGGAGGCCAUCCUGGCAGACUUCUCCACCGCCUGCGACUUCACCUCCAAGGCACUGCAGGAAGGCAGCGACGUGGAGCUGCUGAUGGUGAAGCCGGUGGUGAUGAAGCGGCUACAGGAGCUGAACCACAUGAAGUAUAACGUCAAGCCGAAGGAGGAUGACUUCAUGAAGUUUUACCCCAAACAGCCGGCAGGCAUGUGCAACGGGUUUGAGGUGUUCGGCGGGAUCUCGGCCAAGAGUGUGGAUCCCGGCAAGUCCACUGCCAAGGGCGAAGCUGAGGUCGUGUCGGUCUAG